AAUGGGAAUCAACGAGUCCAAAGCAACUCCCGUUUUAAUGGGUAAUAAAGAGAAGAGAAGAAAAUUCCCAGAAAUUUAAGCACAAAACGACGAACUGAAUCGAAGUAAUGCAAAAUGGUGCAGUGUGUUGCCUCCUAAAUCUUCAACCAAAAUCAUACAGUUGAUUGCUGAGGCUUAAUGAUCAGAUCCCUUUUCUUUUCUUCCACUUUUGUGCGAACCACUUUCACCUCUUUCACUCCUCGUUUCACACCCAUCCCUGUUCUUCGUUGCCCAGGCAUUGGGGUCGGAAAUUCAGCUUCAUUUUGCAGUAAAUCCUUUUCAGUUUCCGCUAAGUCAACAUUUUUUAUGGAGCAAGCCCCAACUGCUGAUGAGGUUCAACAGGUUGAACUACUUGAUGCGACCGAGGAUAAUCAUGGAGGCGUUAUCGUGGAAAUGGAUAAACCUAUGGACUGUGAGAUCUUUGCGCCUAUCCUCAGAGCUUCAAUUGCACAUUGGAAAAAACAGGGAAAGAAAGGUGUUUGGAUUAAACUGCCUAUUGAGCUUGCUCAUCUUGUUGAAGCUAUUGUUAAGGAAAGGUUCUGGUACCACCAUGCUGAGCCGAAGUAUUUGAUGCUAGUGUACUGGAUACCUGAAGGUGCUCAUACUCUUCCUGUAAAUGCUACCCAUCGAGUUGGCAUUGGUGCCUUUGUAUUGAACGACAAGAAAGAGCUGAAACAAUCAGGCCUGGCAAUUCGCAUGUACUCGUGGUUCAGGAAAAGAGUGGAAUGUUCCGAGGGACUGGUGUAUGGAAGUUUCCCACAGGAGUUGUGGAUGAGGGGGAAGAUAUAUGCAAAGCUGCAGAGAGAGAAGUCAGAGAAGAGACUGGUGUUUAUGCUUCUACAGAUCGAUACAGAAUUUGUGGAAGUUUUAGCAUUCAGACAGACUCACCAAGCAUUCUUUGGGAAAUCAGAUUUGUUCUUCGUUUGCAUGUUGAAACCACUAACCUCUGAAAUAAGCAAGCAAGAACUGGAGAUAGAGGAUGCACAGUGGAUGAAACUCGAGGACUACACCGCUCAACCAUUGAUCCAAAAACACGAAGUAUUGAAGUACAUCAACAACAUUUGUGUCACAAAGAUUGAGAAGCAGUAUUCUGGAUUUUCUCCUGUGCUCACUUCCACAGCGUUUUCGAGUAAAAGAAACUUUUUGUACCUAAAUGAAUACGACCUGAACAGGCGGUGAGGCCUCAUAAUCAGUCCUUAAUAGAUACUAUGUUUCUUGAUCUGCUCAUAAUGUACACAUUUGCCAAGCAGCAUGAAUCUUGUUUCUUUGCUUCAUUUUUUAGGCCUUUGAACCAUACCCUUGUUUCAGAUAUUUAAAACAGGGAAGAUUUUGUGCUUCCCUAUGGACUGUUGAUGGAAAUAAGAGGACAACAAUGAAUCUGAUGGUUUUAAUGUCUGACC